CAUUUAACUUCAUUUGAGUUGUGGUCGGUCGGGUUCGGUGCAAAAGUGUAGUGUAUUUGAUAUGAUGUGUUGAUUUAGUAAACACUUUAUUGCAUUGAUUUAAAGUUCAAAUUGAUAAAACAUUUGUAUGUUUCGUUUUAAAAACUACUACAUACCUACUGUUGCUAGCGUCACCAACCCGCACAAGUUUAAAUUUUUUUUCUUCAAGGUGAGUAAUUCGCCACAUCGGUCGGUGCGUCUAAAGUAGAAAGCUAAAUUCUAUUUCAGUUGCUACUCAGACUACACGCAGCCGAAUCACUUGUUCUAUGGCAAAAAUGGCAACUACACUUCGUCGUUCAGCCUUGCAAUUUAUUAGAAAACAUACAGUAGCUGUUAACUCAGUGGCUGUUCGCCAUAAAAGCAGUAAGUCUGAGGAAAAGUACUUACUUACAUCGGUUUACAAAGACGUACAAGUCACAAAUGAUUUGAUUUCGGACUUUGUGUGGCAGAAUUUGGACAGAUGGCCCGAAAAGACUGCUACUGUUUGUGCGUUAACAGGUCGUGGCUACACAUACGCUCAGUCUCAUAAGAUGUCCUUAAUUUUUGCCGCUGCCCUGCGAACUAAGCUUAAGUUGAAGGACGGUGAUAAAGUUGCUGUAAUAUUGCCCAAUAUGCCAGAAUACCCUUCCGCCUUGUUGGGAGUACUGCAGGCAGGAUGCAUUGCUAGUAUGAUGAACCAUGCCUACACAGCUUAUGAACUGCAAAAACAGCUACAAACAGUACCAUGCGAAGUAAUUAUUACAUCAAAAGUAUCUUAUCCCAAUAUAAAAGAAGCUUUAAACGCAUUAAAAUUAAAUACACCAGUCAUAAUGCUCGACAAUGAUAGUGUUCCUGAAGGCACGAUAAAAUUUGAAGAAUUAGCGGGAGAUUUAAAUACCGACAUUGAUGUUCUAAAGUCUGUUAAAAGAAAUGCUGAUGAUGUCGCAGUGUUGCCAUUUUCGAGUGGAACCACUGGAUUGCCAAAAGGCGUGGUUUUGACCCACAAAUGUGUUGUCGCCGAAAAUAGGAUGAUUGCAGACCCUGAAGUCGUCGCUAUUAAAGAAACUACCGCAACAUACCAAUCAGUACUACCAGCGAUACUACCUUUCUUCCACAUUUUCGGCUUUAACGCCUUGAUGUUGAAUCAAAUGCAUUUGGGCUGCAAGUUGGUCACCAUGCCCUACUUUAAACCUGAUCUGUUCCUACAGACUAUAGUCAGUCAUAAAGCUCAUGUGUUGUUCAUUGUUCCCCCUAUGGCUAUAUUUUUGGGCAAGCACCCAGCCGUCACACCCAAACACUUAGAAUCUCUCCAUGGUCUCAUAUGUGGCGCAGCGCCACUCUCGGAAUCCGAUAUUGCUGCCGUCAUUCAGAAAAAUAAAAACAUAAACUUUCGCCAAGGAUACGGCCUGACGGAAACGAACGGUGGAACUUCAGUAGGCAAGAGAAAUGACACUAAUCACUCAUCCGUUGGGCACGUGUUUGGUAGUUGCCAGGUCAAGAUCGCAGAUAUUAAAACGCAAGAAGCUUUAGGACCUAAUCAGGAAGGCGAAAUCUGGGUCCGUGGUCCUCUACUCAUGCGGGAAUACUACAAUAACGAGGCGGCCACGAAAGAGGUGAUGCAGGACGGAUGGUUUAAAACCGGGGACGUUGGCAAAUACGACGACAAGAAGUACUUGUAUGUCACUGAUCGGUUGAAAGAACUUAUAAAGGUUAAAGGCUUCCAAGUACCACCGGCGGAGUUAGAAACAGUUGUUCGAACGCACCCCAAGGUACUCGACUGCGCCGUGUUAGGGAUACCUGAUCCAAUAUCUGGAGAGGCACCUAAAGCCUUCAUUGUCCUCCAACCAGGUCAGAAUGUCGACCCUAAAGAAAUAUUAAACUAUGUUAAUAGUAAAGUUGCAGAUUUUAAGAACCUUAAAGAUGUACAGGUUAUUGAGGAGAUACCUAAAAACCCUGCUGGUAAGAUUUUGAGGAAGAAUUUGAAGGAAAAGUAUUGUUGAUGUAGCUGGAUCGUCCAUCCGCUACCAACUAAGAAGCCUCCACAUAGAUUUUUAAGUAACAGGCGUUUUGAUACUGGGUUUUUUGAAAAGCUUGUUCCGCUUCCACGUACUGUAUGUUGCAGUGUAAGAUAUAGGAUUUUUUCCCUUUUCGCCUUGACUACUUUACCUUUUGCACUGCGUUAUUAAUUUAUCUUUAUUAAUAUACCAUGUAGGUAUUGUAUUUCGUAUGAAAAGGUUUUUCCUCUUGUCAACACAACUAAUUUUAUUUACCAUUUACACACAUGCGAAAAUAGUAAAUUGUCAUAAAUAGCUUAACUGACAUUUUUUUUAAAUGUCAGUUACGCUAAUUUUGUUUAACAAUAAAGCUGUAAAUAAAUAAGAUAUAAACAUAACGCUUAUGGCGGGUUGUAGAGGUUGAUUCCAGAUAUUUUAGUAACUAAAUUUCGCUAAAAAUGUCGAUUACGUUGUUUAUGAUAAGGACGGCAGUAUUUUUAAGGCAAGAAAGGGAAUAAGUGUUACAUCUUAGUGAUACAGAUUGUAGGUGAGACUCCCGAACAAGCCAAAACUGGGGUCAAAACAAUUACUGUCAAAUAAUUAAUACUAUUUUAAUUUAUUUUUAUAAAGUAUUACUUAUGUACAGUAUUUGUUUCGGACGGAUAUCGGACGGAGAACGAGAGUACUGGAGCCUU